CCCGCGACUCCUCGUCGUCUCGCCGCGCCGCGGGCCAUGGCGGCGCUGUGGAGGGGCUGCGGGCGGCUGCUGACGCGGCGGCCGGGGGCAGCGCAGGCGCUCACCGCCGGGCUCCUCAUGGGAGCUGGUGAUGUGAUCGCGCAGCAGGUGGUGGAGCAGAGAGGGCUGCAGGGGCACCACGGCUCCCGGACCCUGAAGAUGAUGGUGAUCGGCUUCUGCUUUGUGGGUCCUGUUGUGGGUGGCUGGUACAAGAUCCUGGAUCAGCUCAUCCCAGGGACAACAAAAGUUGUGGCUGUGAAGAAGAUGGUCCUGGACCAGGGGGGCUUUGCACCAUGUUUCCUUGGCUGCUUCCUUGCCAUCACAGGAGCAAUGAAUGGUCUGUCAGUGGAGGAGAACUGGUCCAAGAUCCAGCAGGACUACACAGAUGCCCUGCUGACCAACUACUGUAUCUGGCCACCGGUACAAAUUGCAAACUUCUACUUCGUGCCCCUGAAGCACAGGCUUGCCGUCGUCCAGUGCGUUGCUAUUGUCUGGAACUGCUACCUGUCCUGGAAAGCAAAUCGGAUGUGAGGUGGAAGCCAUGUCCCCUCCCUGCCUGCAUGCUGCCUGACCCUGCUGCACCCCCAGAGCCCUUGGAACAGGCCCAUAUCUGGGGCUGGGAUACGCAGGAUGCUGGCAGCAGCCGUCCACCGCUCUCCUUGGAACCCCCAUCACUCACAGCUACAGCCCUUGCUGCUCCAGGGACACCUCAAGAUGGGUCAGUGACUGCUCUGGAUACAGCAGCUCUGCCUUCAGCGUGCUUCACCGCCUGUGCUCACUCUUCUCCCCAGCCCCUUACCCCACACGGGGUGAGCCUGCCAUGGGCGUUGCUCUGUCCUUCCCCAGAGAAGCGGGAGCAGCGCUGGGUGGGUGCUGGUGCAGGUGCUGUGCUGUGCACUGUCCCGCUUGGAGCUGGGGAUGGUGUUGCCAAGGGGCUGCCCCAUCCCAGGCUGUUUGCGCUGUGCCUGCAGCCCUGCAGCACCUGCUGCCACAGGCUGGGCAUACUCCUCCUGAGGGCAGGGUUUGCUGUGGCUCAGACAGUUGGAGCACCAAAUAAACAGUGGUUUUCA